AUGAACGAUAACGUCGCUGUCUCCUUUGCCCAGGCUCGCUGGAUGUUCAGGGCACCAAAGACUGCUGGUGCGGCCAUAGAUGUUGCUCUGUGGCCACCGUACGCCCGCCGCCGCCACAUCUUCAGCGACACUGAUGUUGACUUCGCCGUCAUUUCGAGGUGGUCCAUGGAAAUCCACAACAGCUUGAUGCAGAAGUGUCAAGUCUGCGUCAACGCCCUCCUCAUCGCCGAUAGCGACCUCGAGCAUAUCCGCCGGUCCAGAACGUGUGCCGACAGGGAGUAUGCCGCGCGUCGCGCAGUGCUGGGUUCAGCCGUGGCUGGAGACGAACAAGCUUUCAGCGCGCGCCUUCGAGGACUGGCUGCUCUGCGUCUUGAGAAGAAGAGGAUGGACGAGCUGAGUUUGGAGACUCAGCGUACGGUCGAGAAGUUGCGGAAGAAGCUGGUGGAUCUGGAUCGUGAGCAGGUCAAGCACGGGGAGCUGGAGAUAAUGCUCUGGGCCUGA